AUGUCAAAAUCCCGUAGUUAGUCAUCCAUACCUGCUUUUUUAUAGAAAACUUAUGAUAUUUUAGAAGUAUGAUUGUUAAAAUAGAAUCAGAAUUCUCAACUCUAAGAUAUUGUUGGUUGGAAUGAGGAUGGUUCAGGCUUUUUGGUGAAGAAUGUGAUAGCAUUUCAGGAUCAAGUAUUGCCAAUGUAUUUCAAACACAGGAAUUUUGCUUCUUUUGUUCGAUAGGUAUAUGUCAAGAAAUUAUAGGGAUCAGAUGAAUAUGUAUGGAUUUCAUAAAUCAAGAAGUGAUUAGAAGGAGAAUGAGUUUAUUCAUCCUCAUUUUAAGAGAGAUCAAAGGUAAUUGUAAUUAUUUAAAAUAGAAACCUUUUGAAGAAAAUUAAGAGAAAGUCAGGAGAACAUGGCGAUGAUCAAUUUACCAUAAUGGAAUUGAAACCCCAUCGAAAUCAAAAUAUUUCAGAUGUAAAAUAUAUUGGAUUAACAAAAUUUAGAAACAAAUACAACAGAUAAUGACCAAAUAGUCAGAGUUGGAGAAGGUGUGUAAAAUUCUGAUUGAAUAGAAUAAUAAAAUAUUAUAGUGCAAUUAGCAAUUAAGAAACCAAUUGGUUCAAGAAAGGUAAACAGUAAAGUGAUAAGGUUACUAGAUGUACUGGCAAUAAGAAGUUGUAGAAGUUGAAGGAUUAUUUUUUGGGGUAGUAAUAAACACAGGGCGAUUUAUUACAUGUAUAAUAAAGUUUAAAAUUAAGAAACGAAGUCUUGAGGAUAUAAUGUAAUCAGACAAUGAGGAGUUAAUGGUGCCUAAUUUGAAGAAGAUCAAAGGGGAAGAUUCCGAUAGCACCAUUGACAAGAUGGAACAAUUAUAUGGACAACCAACUUUGAUGUUAACAAACAAUUUAGUUGAUAAUGAUGGUAUGAUUCAAUUGCUCGAUGAUCAUCAAUUCAACGAUAUCUACUUUGAUUGAGCUAUAAUUAAGAUGCA